AUUAUCUCUUCUUUUCCGCAUGAUCAUGAGAAACAAGAGCCUAAUUGUUUGAUUAUAAGUAAGUUUUCCUUAUGAGUUCUAGAGGAGAGCGUAGGUAAGACUUACACAGUAAAACAUAAAACUAUAAAACAAUAAAAUACUACAGUAACAAAAGGACUCCCAUGCUUGGUAGCAGGCUAGUGACAAAACAAACUAACUACAAAGAUUCUGCCAGUGCUCCCGUUGCUGAUGCCAUCUUGGCUCCAUCUUCUUGAACAGGAUCUACAUUGAAAACAGAAUUCUGCCUUUUCUGUGCGAAUGCCUCCUGUUUUUACAUUUUGAGGAAAGUGAGGGCAAACAUUUAGGUCUACCUUAUUAUAACUGCCAAUUCAAAAAUGUUAAUUUAGUCAUGUACUUUUCAGUAAAAUUCACACAACAUGUGUUACUUUUUUCACUCCAUAGAAGAAAAUAUGAGGCAAUAUUUUUCCCCAAAAGACUAAUAACUUGCUCUUCACACUUGUAACAGAUAAAACAAUUGUUUAAAACUCAAAAUAUAGACUUACAGCUGCAUUUAGUAAAAUUAACUUCCUUUGUGGAAUCAAAUAAAGUUUUAUUCUAAUGAUGAAACCAAGUUCCAGGUCUAUUGCCCAUUGCCUGAAACUGUAGAUAUACUAUAGACCUGCAUAUAAAUCUCAGAUUCAUCCUUGAGCAUCAUUAGUAUUAAAUCACUUUUCAUUCACUUUCAUGGGUAUUGAAUAAAACCGAUUGAUUUCUCUGUCUUAGGUAUUCACCAGUACAACUGAAAUGGGUCCAUAUAAUUCUCCUAAACAACAUUUUUCUGUUUUGUCUUCACUACACUCUGUUUCAUAUAUCCCUCACCAUAUCUUAACCCAAUUAUAUCUGGUAACUAUAUGUUCUUGCUAUGUACAUCAUAAUUAUAUUGGACCUGAUGACAAUACAAAUGGUCACAAAUAAAGUUACAAGCAGAUUGAGCUUGUGACACCAAGGACAGUAGGGGCGGGGUACGUAGGGAUGAAAAUGGAAUGAAAAGCAUUGAAGCUUGUCCCCUGGCCCCCUCUCUCUUCACUCUGGCCCAGAGUGGCAGUUGGUGCUGGGGGGAGGAGUCCCCAACCUGAUGACAUAUGCAGGAGACAAGGUGGAACUGUCCCCUGGCCCCCCCUCUCUUCACUCUGGCCCAGAGUGGCGGUUGGUGCUGGGGGUAGAGGUCCUCAUAUCUAGCCUCCUCCUCAUAUUGGGUGAGCAAAGUGGAUCCUUAAAAGGACUGCUCAGUCUUGGAUACAGCUGUCAAACUACUCUACUGUCUCGGACUUUGAUGUAGAAUGACCGGAUCCAUAUCCACCACCCAUGUACCAGUUUGUGAUUAUGGGCUUCCAGAUUUCACAGUCCUGCCCCGUUACCACUCGCUAAUUGUCAUGGGGCUUUUGUUCUAUUUUUCUUGGAAGACACCUAUGCAUGAAUUUGAUUUAUGUGUGGAGAUCAAUGCACAGCCAGUCAACACACAGUCUUCACAGAGUAAGGGUCCCCAUUCAGUGGCAUGAUUAACACAAUGAUGGUGGCUUCCCAUCUGUUGCAGGGUUCUUCUGCCUUCACAACCAUUGUAUUAUGUACCAUUUUGUCAAAACACUAUUUUGUAAUGCUUUCUUUUUAAAAGUUUGUUCUGCUUUAAUAAACAACAUAUUGGGUCUUCUCCAGUCUUGUUUCAUUUGCCCACUUCUUCAGCAAAUCCUUGCUGAGUAAUUUUAGGGGCUGUGGCCAAGAAUUGGCCUCCACUGGAAUUGACAUUGGCAAGUAAAGAGUUGGCAACCAUUUCCUUUUUAUAAAUAAAGGCUAGUCCUUACUAAAGAGAAACCGAAUGUCAAGGGGUGUCUUUUUUUUUUCAGUGCUUUCAAUUCAAUUCACUGCUGUCAAUUUAAUUCAAUUGGAAGUGUGUUAAAAAAAUCAUUUUUAUGUUCCUGUGAUGCCAAAGAACCUUACAUUUAACUCAAUUAAACCAAAAGAAGGCAUAGAAACACAGGUUGGACAUGAAGAUAUGCCUCAAUCACAACUGCAGAGGGGGUCCAUGUUGUCUUUUAGCUUAUAUUAUUUGACCAUGUUCAAGAUUCAUUGUUGAAUUUCUGGUAAGUCAUGUGAUUUAGAAAAGCAAAGCCUAAUUAUGUAACACAUAGCCUAUAUAAGGAGGACUAAACUCCUAGUAUCUUAUCCCUGGCUUCAUAGAGCGCCUGAAAUUGUGAAACAAACUGAACAAUUAAACAAUGCUGUUGCUUGUAACGCUUUGUGCUUUAGUCCUCUUCGUAUUGCCAGAAACAACCGUGGUACCACAGCAAGUUGUUCAAACCUGCGACCCAAAAGCCUGUUCGCUAGUUGUGUGUGGACCCACUGAGAGAGGGUUACCAGGAAGAGAUGGGAGAGAUGGACUGCAAGGACCAAAAGGAGAAAAGGGAGAACUAGGACUGCAAGGACCAAAAGGGAUACUCGGUCCUCCAGGAAAAAUGGGCCCAGCUGGACCAGCAGGAAUGACAGGAGCAAAAGGAGAUGUUGGAAACAUGGGGUUACAAGGAGCAACAGGACCACAAGGAUCUGAAGGGAGGACAGGCCCUCCUGGAUCAAAAGGAGAUAAAGGUUCCACAGGAGAAAAGGGGACAAAGGGUGACAGUGGUCUCUCAGAGGUCAAUCUAUUGAAAAACCGAGUCAUUGCCCUUGAGGGACAGCUAAACGCCCUGCAAGCCAGUUUCUCCAAGUAUCAAAAAGUUGCAGCAUAUCCAGUUGGCCAAAUUGUUGGCAAUAAAGUCUUUGCAUCCAGUGGCUAUGAAGGCAACUUUGAUGAUCUGAAGCAGAGGUGUCAGGAAGCAGGCGGCCAGCUGGCUUCCCCAAGAAAUGCUGCUGAAAAUACAGCAGUCCAACAAAUUGCUAUUCUAUAUAAAAUGCCAGCAUUUCUUGGGAUAACCGACAUUCAAACAGAGGGGACAUUUAAAUACUUGAACAGUGAGACCAUUGUUUAUUCCAACUGGUAUCCACGAGAACCCAAUAAUGGUUAUAAUAGAGAGGAUUGUGCUGAAAUUCAUUUGGAUGGCAAAUGGAAUGACAGAUAUUGUAUGGAUAAGAACCUAAUCAUCUGUGAAUUUUAGGCCACUGAUCUUAAUAUGUCCAAUCUAUUUACAAUUGACCCAUACAUGUUAAUUUUAUUAGUAGGAAUCAAAAUAAAAUGAUUACCAUAUCAUUUAUCUUCACACAAUUUCAGUGAGGUACGAUGUUGGUAUGUGUACAUGAUUAAUGUAGACAUUGAGGACAAACAACAGUAGGAGUAAUCACCUAUGCACAAAUCUGGAAAAAUGAAAUGGAUAAGCUAACCAAAAUGGAAAAUUGAGUAAUUAAAAUAUUUGAACUUUCAGAAAUGAAUAAGCUAACCAUGUUGAUGAGAAGAAAAGCAAUGAAAGGCUUUAUAUAAGAUUGGGAACUUUAAAUCAAUUUUUAAUAUGAGAACAGAGAAAAAAUAAUGCUUGCAAACACAUUUUUUAAAAAAAAACCAUUGAAAUUAAACAAUUUAAAAAAGUUACUAUAACAAUCUGGAAUGUUAAGUAUCACCAGACUACUGCAAUGUGCUCUACAUGGGGCUGCCUUUGAAGACUGUUUGGAAGCUACAAGUAGUCCAAUGGGCAGCAGCCAGAUUGCUCCCUGGAUUGAAGUACAGGGAGUGCACAACACCCCUGCUACGCCUGCUCCACUGGCUGCUAGUCUGCAAUGUGCUCUACAUGGGGCUGCCUUUGAAGACUGUUUGGAAGCUUCAAGUAGUCCAAUGGGCAGCAGUCAGAUUGCUCCCUGGAUUGAAGUACAGGGAGUGCACAACACCCCUGCUAUGCCUGCUCCACUGGCUGCUAGUCUGCUACCGUGGAUAAUUCAAAGUGCUGGCUUUAGUCUAUAAUGCCCUAAACAGUUCUGGCCCAGCUUACCUGUUCGAAUGUAUUUCCCUCUAUGAACCACCUCGGAAGUCAAGAUCUUCUGAGGAGAACCUGCUCUCAGUCCCACCUCCUUCGCAGGUGCAACUGGUGAAUAUGAAAGACAGGGCCUUCUCAGUGGUGGCCCCUCAGCUAUGGAACUCCCUCCCCAGUGAAAUCGGAUCAACCCCCUCCCUCCUGACCUUUAGAAAGAAACUAAAAACUUGGCUAUUGACCAAGCUUUUGUAGAACAUUUAGUGCAAUAGCCAGCUAUGAUGUAAUUGUAACACAAUUUGAAUAGUUCCUGAAUUACGACCAGAUUUUGUGUGGUUUUAAAAGUUGAUUUUAAUGAAUGGAAAUGCUUUGAUUUUUAAUUUAAUUAUUUUAAUGUAUAUGUUUACUGUAUUUAUAUGCUUAUGUUUGUAUGGCAUUGAAUUUUGACAAUUUGGAAGCCGCUCUGAGUCCCCUUGAGGUGACCGAGAGCAGCAUAAAAUCAUAGCCAAUAAAUAAAGUAACAGUGGAAAUUGAACUCAAUCAUACCUGAACCCUCCUAGUAAGUGUGAAGUUGCCUUUAAAAAUUGUUAGUGUACAAGUUAGUUAAAUGUAUGUGAACAUUUAAUGGUAUGCUUGCGUAAAUUUCAUGAAAUGUCUAUAUAUUUCAUAAAGUAUGUUUCUGUAUGAUAUAGCUGUUAUGUUUUCAAAAUAAAUAUA